GCGGCGCAGACCUGGCCGCGGGAGGGAGGCAGGCGAAGUCCCUGCGAGUGCUGCGUUCUGUCUGCUAAGGUUUCGCGGGUUAAUAAUUCAGGCCGUCCUCUGCAACAGGAAACCCGGCCGGCUGUCCGAGCCCGCUCCCGCGGGGCUCCGGGGCGGCCAGUCGGCCGCUGCUGUGCGGAGCUGAAGACCCGUGAGUUCGGCCCCGCGCGCGCCCAUGCCUGUGCCCAGCAGGCAUGUCGGUGUCGGUCGCUCUCAGAGCUGGGACGCCGCCGGCUGGUACGGCGGCCCCUGGGCGGUGGCCGAGGCCCCCGGCCGGAGCGGCCCCCUGACCGAUGGGGGCGGAGAGGGGCCCUGGCGCGAGCCCGCGCCCGACCUGUGCCACGAGGUCUUCUACGGCUCGGUGGCCGGCAGGAAGAGCUCCGUCCCCGACUUCGCCUUCUACGACAGCAGGCAGGCGGUGGUGACCGCGCACGCCGCCCUGCUGCCGCGGGAUUGCUACGGCGACCCCACCGGAGAGGCUCAGGUGCCCCGGGAGCUGUGCCAGCACCGGGACCCCGGAGUCAGCCGCUCACUGGCCGGCUACGGAGUGCCUGGCGGCGGGGCGACCUGGGAGCAAGGGCAAGGCCGGGCCCCUGCGCUGCAGGGCGUGGCCCACCUGUGCCGGGACCCUGCAGGUAAAGCGGGGGCCCCGGGACUGCGGGCGCAGAGCAGGGCCUCGUCGCCGCCGCGGCACACCGGGGAGCUGGCCCACGGCAGGUACCAGGCAGAGGCGACCGUUUACCCCGCCGGCCAGGCCUACAACGACGUCGGUGUCGGCGAGAGGCCUGUGGAUCCCGCCACCGCCAGGCAGGUGGCCCCCACGUGCCUGGUCGUGGGCCCCACUGGCGCGGCCACCCCUGAAGGCGGCCCGGGGACGGCGCCGGGCACCCUGAGCCGGGGCUACGGGCAGGGCGGCGUCCCCUCCAGGAUGUCUCUCGGGGGCUGUGAGGCCGGCCUGCCCUGCUUCCCGGAGCCCGGCGGCUCGAGGAGCGCGCAGCCCGAGUUCCUGGCGCUGCUGCGGGCGGAGGGCGUGGCGGAGGCCACGCUGGUGGCCCUGCUGCAGCAGGGCUUCGACUCCCCGGCCGUCCUGGCCACCAUGGAGGACGCAGAUGUCAGGUGUGUCGCGCCCAACCUGGGCCAGGCCCGCGUCCUGAGCCGCCUGGCCGGCAGCUGCAGGGCCGAGAUGCAGCUGCGGAGGCAGGGCCCGGCGGGCGCCCCGCCCCGGGCUCGCUCCAGCAGCUUCAGCCACGGCGGCGAGCUCCUCGGCGACCUGCCCCCUCUGGGCGCCGGGGGCCCCCUGCAGGCAGCGCACCCCCUGCAGGCAGCGCCCCCCCGGGCGGGGGACCCAGCUCGACGCCCCUCCAGCGCUCCCUCCCAGCAUCCGCUGGAGCCGGCGGCCACCUACUCUGCCCCGGGGGUGGGCGCCCGUGCCCCCCUCUUCCCCUCCAACUCCGGGUACAGCUCCCCCACCCCCUGCGCCCUGACCGUGCGGCCGGGCUCCGCGUACCCCCCGCCGGUGGGGCUGGCCCUGACGCACCCGGGCCCCGCCGCCCCGCUGCACCCCCGGACGGCCUACUCCACGGCCUACACGGUGCCCAUGGAGCUGCUGAAGCGGGAGCGGACCGCGGCCGCCGCGCCUCUGUCCGGCCCCCACGGCAGCGCCCAGCUCCUGCGGAAGCCCGGCAUCCCUGCGGACCCGUCCACCCUGCCGCCGGCCGGCCAGAGCCUCCACGCGCCCUACCAGAAGGUGGCCCGGCGCACGGGGGCCCCCAUCAUCGUGUCCACCAUGCUCGCUCCAGAACCAAGUAUCCGCCCCCAGAUCAUGAACGGCCCCCUGCACCCCCGGCCCCUGGUGGCGCUGCUGGACGGCCGGGACUGCACCGUGGAGAUGCCCAUCCUGAAGGACCUGGCCACCGUGGCCUUCUGUGACGCGCAGUCCACGCAGGAGAUCCACGAGAAGGUGCUGAAUGAAGCCGUGGGAGCCAUGAUGUACCACACCAUCACCCUCACCAGGGAGGACCUGGAGAAGUUCAAGGCCCUGAGGGUCAUCGUGCGGAUCGGCAGCGGCUACGACAAUGUCGACAUCAAGGCUGCCGGCGAGCUGGGGAUCGCCGUGUGCAACAUCCCGGCGGCGGCGGUGGAGGAGACGGCCGACUCCACCCUCUGCCACGUGCUCAACCUGUACCGGCGGAACACGUGGCUGUACCAGGCGCUGCGGGAGGGCACGCGGGUGCAGAGCGUCGAGCAGAUCCGGGAGGUGGCCUCGGGAGCCGCCCGCAUUCGCGGGGAGACGCUGGGCCUCAUCGGCUUCGGUCGCACGGGGCAGGCGGUCGCUGUUCGAGCCAAGGCCUUUGGAUUCAGCGUCAUCUUCUAUGAUCCCUACUUACAGGACGGGAUAGAGCGGUCCCUGGGUGUACAGAGGGUCUACACCCUGCAGGACUUGCUCUAUCAGAGCGACUGCGUCUCCUUGCACUGCAACCUCAACGAGCAUAACCACCACCUCAUCAACGACUUCACCAUAAAGCAGAUGAGGCAAGGAGCGUUCCUGGUGAACGCGGCCCGCGGCGGGCUGGUGGACGAGAAGGCCUUGGCGCAGGCCCUCAAGGAAGGCAGGAUACGAGGGGCGGCCCUCGACGUGCACGAAUCGGAGCCUUUCAGCUUCGCUCAGGGUCCCUUGAAAGACGCGCCGAACCUCAUCUGCACGCCCCACACAGCCUGGUACAGCGAGCAGGCGUCGCUGGAGAUGAGGGAGGCCGCGGCCACGGAGAUCCGUCGGGCGAUCACAGGUCGCAUCCCAGAGAGCUUAAGAAACUGUGUGAACAAGGAAUUCUUUGUCACAACCGCGCCCUGGUCAGUAAUAGAUCAGCAAGCAAUUCACCCGGAGCUCAACGGUGCCACCUACAGGUUCAAGGUCAGGACUAGCUGCGAAGGAAGUUCUAACGACGACAUAGAUACAGCUCCCUCGACCAGCAGAAAAAGAAAAAGAUACCCGCCGGGCAUCGUGGGCGUGGCCCCGGGUGGACUUCCCGCCGCCAUGGAAGGGAUCAUCCCCGGAGGCAUCCCGGUGACUCACAGCCUCCCCACGGUGGCACACCCUUCCCAAGCACCCUCCCCCAACCAGCCCACAAAACACGGGGACAAUCGAGAGCACCCCAACGAGCAAUAGCAGAGGAUGACAAAAGGUCAGAUGAACCUGGGACCAAGAGACAGUGAGAAACAGACGAACUAAGAGGAAAGGAGCGAGCGGUCUCCCUGGCGGACUCGGGCAGGCGCACCGCUGGCUGACGACGCAGCGUUCCACUGAGGAAGAGCUGGGAGCCGAGACGCGGGAAAGCGCAAGACGCCUUCCCCUUCCGGAGGCCCCGAAAGACUAGGACGUGACUGAUUAACGACCAACUUCUGUUGUUGUGUGUUAAGUUUUUCAUCUGUGCAUCAAAUCACAAAGAAUAAACGGAUCUUUUUCCUUUACCAGCCCCUUGGGCCCAGCGGGCCCCGAACACCUUGCUAUAGAGAAUGUUGCGUCAAGAGUUCCAAACAUCCAAAUAAAAAUUGAGAGGCGAUCCCGACCCUGUGACCCCAGUCCCUCCGGUCCCCGGGGGCUGCUCCUGCUGCUGCUGGGAAGCCCGAGCGCCCGUGUCCGCGGCCCGGCUGCGGGCGCAGGGCGGCGGCCGCUCCCGGCUCCUGCACAGAGAACUCGACCCUCUGAACUGCGCGCUGCGCGGGCGAGUUGGCCAUGAGUUCCGUGAUAUACCCUCUAAUGAUGCAAAAAAAAAAAAAAAAAGUAUUAAGUUUCACAAGCUGUUUGUACUCAAAUAUAUUUUCUCAGUUCAGAUCCUCAGCUAUUUUAUUGAGUGGAAAGUCUUGAACUGAAAGAGUUCAAGAAGAAUAAUGUUGCAUUUCCUUAUGUCUCAGGAAACACUUUUUAUGGUAACUUGUCAGAUUGUCUAUGAACAAACCCACUUUUUUAGACAUUGAUAAAGUCUUCUUUUCUUCACGUGAUAUUUUAUACGAGAACACUUCAGGUGUGCUAUUAGAUGUGACUGAUUUCAACAAAUCCUAUUAGAUUUGUAUCAGCUAGUUACAUGUUAUAUUCAUAGUCUUUUGUGAAUCAUCGCCUUUUUGUUUAAAGAUGGCCUAUUUUGAGCCUUUGUAUAGGUACAUUCCUGUUUUUGUGACAAAAACCUUUAAAACUGUCCCAACGGAAAAAUGAUGGCUAUCAGAAAUGUUUUGUUUUAGUGUGAGUUACCGUUACUGUAUCUGUUUAUUGUAAAGGUGGACAUUUAGCGUUCAGUGCAGUUUUCAAUAAAAGGUAAUAAAAAUUUCUGUUCUGAAACUCAA